CUUGCAACUUAGAACAUAGAUCAAUAGAAAACUAGAGAUCAUGAGAUGGUCCUUUUCCCCUUUUAUUACGAUCUGAUGGUCUCUGCAAUCUAUAUAUAUUAAAGUACUGAGAAUUCAAAAGGUAGGCCAGCCGGGGGAUUGAGUGACUAAAAACAUGGCUGAUUUUGGUCUUUUCUUCAAUGGCGACGAUCAAAAUGCAGGUGAUUCAUGAGUAAUAGUAUUCACGUUUCUUGCUAAUCACUUCUACGACAAGUAGUACUGUCUGGAUCGAUUUCACGAUUUUAAUCCCUCCGCCGGAGUGAAGAAACUGAUCAUAUCCUCCUUUGUGCAUGAUCAUCAUGAAACGGAUAUCAUGAUCAGGACAUGCAUGAUCUCCUCGAUCCAGGUACGAGGUCGGCUCGAUCGAGGAAAUCACCAAAAUACACGAAGAUUGAGCACACCUGAAGGCCGUAACAUUCAGUUUUAGGAGCGCUAGCUGCUGCAAUCACAGACUGCUUUUUUUCUUGAAGCUGGGUUUAGAAAUUAGUGACUGUAAAAGGGUGAUCAUGGAAUGGAGCAAUAGGAAACAACAUAAACCUAAUACGAUGAUGAUGCUGUGGAAUAAUGGGCAUGGAGCAAUUCAUAAUAAUAUGCAUUUUACUGCAACAGGUUGGCAACCCAUGGUUAUAAAGAAAAGAUCAGUUGCAACAGCUGCUGUGAUGUUCCUCAUCCUUGUGUCCUUCUUUGUUUUUGCAGGCUGGAUUGAUGCUUCUGUAUUUUCACAUACCUCCACCCAGAAACCAUUAAUCCUGAGCAGAGAAAAAUCAAAAUCAACACAAAAGCAAGAAUUCCCACUCAAAUGCACCAGAGGAAACCUAACAAAAACAUGUCCGAGAGAUUACCCGACAUCCCACAAACCCAGUACCAAUCCUGACCGUCCAGUACCAAUAUCAGACAAAACAUGCCCAUCAUUCUUCAGAUGGAUCCACGAAGAUCUCCGGCACUGGAAGGGCACCGGAAUCACGAGGGACAUGGUGGAAGGGGCCCGGAGGACUGCCCAUUUCAGGCUUGUGAUCGUGGAUGGGAAAGCCUACGUGGAGAUGUACAGGCCGUCGAUACAGUCAAGAGCUAUGUUCACUUUGUGGGGGAUUCUGCAGCUUCUGAGAUGGUACCCUGGGAGAUUGCCGGACUUGGACCUCAUGUUCGACUGUGACGAUCGGCCGGUCGUUCAAGCGAAGGACUUUCACCACCCAAAUGCACGCCCGCCUCCAUUGUUUCGGUAUUGUUCGGACGGCUGGAGUUUGGAUAUUGUGUUCCCGGAUUGGUCUUUCUGGGGCUGGGCUGAGACCAACAUAAGGCCAUGGGGAGGUCUGUUAGAGGACAUAAAAGAAGGGAACAAAAGAACCAAAUGGAUGGACAGGGUACCCUACGCUUAUUGGAGAGGGAAUCCCAAUGUGGCUCCAACUAGAAAAGACCUUCUGAAGUGCAAUGUCUCUGACAAAGAUGACUGGAACACCCGCUUGUAUAUACAGGACUGGGUGCAAGAAUCCAAGAAAGGGUACAAACAAUCAAACCUAGAAAGCCAAUGCACUCACAGAUAUAAGAUAUAUAUAGAAGGAUGGGCAUGGUCUGUAAGCGAGAAGUACAUUCUAGCCUGUGACUCCAUGACUUUGCUGAUUACACCUCGUUACUAUGAUUUCUUUAUUCGAGGAAUGGCGCCAUUACACCAUUACUGGCCCAUUAGGGGCAACACCAAGUGUACCUCUCUUAAGUUUGCGGUCCAAUGGGGCAACAAUCACACACUAAAGGCUCAAGCCAUUGGGAAGGCAGCAAGCAAAUUCAUACAAGAGGAUCUAAAGAUGGACAACGUGUACGACUACAUGUUUCAUUUAUUAAAUGAAUAUGCUAAGCUUUUGAAAUUCACACCAACCAUACCUCCGGGAGCAGUGGAGCUUUGUUCAGAGAUAAUGGCUUGCCCAGCAAAUGGUACCUGGGAGAAAUUCAUGGGGGAAUCCAUGGUGAAGUCUCCUAGUGAUUCAAUCCCAUGCACUAUGCCUCCUCCUUAUGAUCCGUCCUCCUUACAGGACCUCAUCGAGAAAAGCAAUUGGUCGAGAAAACAAGUGGAAACAUGGGAAAAUGAAUAUUGGCAAAGUCAAAACAAUAAGCUGAAACAUUAACUUUUUUUGGAAAUUUAAUAUUCUCGGUGUUUAACCAUA